GCGCUCUCAGCGCGCUCGCGGCCGCCGCCGCGGGGCGCUGCGGCGCGCCCAGCGGGGGCGCCGAGGGGCAGCUAUGGAGUGCCUCCUCGACGGGCUGUACGCCGGGGACUCCGGGUACGCCAGCGUCGACGGCGCGGACCAGGCGGAGCAGUCGAUGCUGACGUACGGCGAGUUCAGGCCCUCGGCGCUCGCCCGGCUCCUGGCGGGGCCGGGGCUCCUGGACGUGGCGGCCUCGCCGGAGGACGCGUUCGCCGACCUGGGCUCCGGCACGGGCAAGCUGCCGCUGGCGGCCUUUCUGCUGGGCGUCAGGCUGUCUCUCGGCGUGGAGCUCGCCCAGCAUCGCCACGACCUGGGUGCUGCUGCGAUCAGGGCCCUGACCCCGCUGCUGCCUGGAAGCGAGGUGCCGCCCGCUGACGGCGGAGCGCCGGCGGGGCUGUCGUGGGGCGGGCGGCGCGUGGAGUUGCGCGCGGGGAGCCUCCUGGAGCUGCCACUGUCCGAGCUCACCGUGGUGUAUGCCGCGUCGCUCUGCUUCCCCGCGGAGCUGAUGCAGGCGCUCGCGGACAGGCUGAGGGAGGAGCUGCGGCCAGGCACCGUGUUCUGGACGCUGAAGGAGCUGCCGCCCGGCCGCCACCGGGGCAUCGCGCUCGUGCGGGCGUUGCCGGGCGCGGCCUCGUGGGACCCGCACGCCAGGGUCUUGGUGUACAUGCGCGUCCCGGAGGCCAGCUCGCCACUUCCAGCCAUGCCCCUCGGCGGCGACAAAGCGGCGCUGGGCAAUUGGGCCGUGGCCCUGAUCCGCGCGAUUCGCAUCGAGUACCGGACCAUAUUCGGCCCGCUCGCCGCCGCCCGCUACGCCGGCGACACCAGGCCGACGUCGAUGGGCAGCGCCGACUUCGAAGCGGCCGCCGCGGCGCUGGGCGUCGAGGCCGAGGUGGCGGCGCGGAGGCUGCUGUGGGCAUUCGGGUCGCGGGGCGUGCGCUCGGAGGGGGACAGGUGUGGCUGCCGGCACGCCAACAGCUCCGAGGGCCCGUGGUUCUCGGAGGCCAGCCUGCUGGAGAUGCUGGGGCACGGGGCCUUCGCCCCUGCCGCCGAGGAGGAGUCGGCGCCCAUGUGCCUCUCGAUCAGCGGCUCCUGCACCCUGGCGGACGCCUUCGUGGGCCGCGCCUACCUGGAGCUGCGAGCCCGCGCCCUGUGCGGCGGGCCGUCCCCCCCGCGGAGCUGCGGCGCCCCGCCGGCGAAGGAUGUCGAGUCCAGCCUCUCCGGCGCCCUCGACGAGGUCGUCGGCGACGGCGCAGCCGCCGCCGGCCGUCUCGGGCGCGCCGAGGGCCCCGCGUUCGCGGAGGAGCUCCUCGAGGCGCGCCGCGCCAGUCGCGGGCAGUCGCUGGGCGGCGUCGCAGCGGCGGCAGCGGCUCUGGAGAUGGCGGUCGCGAACGAGUCGCCGGACCUCCUCCCGACUGCGCGCGCGCUGAACCAGCGCGCCGCGGCGGACACGGGCGGCGCUCACGCUCUGCGCCGCGCCUCAUCCUCGCACUUCUCCGUCGUCGGGCCGGGCGCUCGCGGCAGCGGCGCGGAAGGGCAGCGGCGCCGGAUCAUCGAGAACGCCGUGACUAGCGCCAGCGGCAAGUGGCCAGCGCCCGCCGCGCGCGGGCCCGACGCGAUGCGGGGCUGCGACGCGAGGCAGCGCGCGGAGCGCCACCACGCGGAGGAGGAGCUCGCGAACCUGGACCCCGACGGGUCGGGCAACGCGCCGAGGUGCCAGCGCGACAGCGCGCCGCCGCAGAUGUCAGCGCCGCAUCGUCGGCUGCGCUUCCCUACAGACCGACCGGCAUACAUCGCGGCGGCCCGCUGCAGCGCUGGCGGCGCUGUACAGCGGGGCAGCGGCGAACAGUCGAGGUGGGCCUCGCGUAUAUUUUCCGCGGACCGCGUGAAAUUAUGCCCCACGAAGUGGAUGGCGUGCCAGGUCAGCAGCGACAUCGUGAGUCUGCUGGGACGUCAGCUGGAGCGCUGCGGUCCAGAGCAGCUCAAUUGCCCUGCGUGCCCGAGCUGUCCGUUGCUGCAGUGCCCCGAGCCGUCGUUCGCGCUGGGCACCUUCAUUGCGGGGCUGCUCGCAGGUGUGCUCUCGGCAGCGACAGUGGGGUCGAGGGCCCUCGCCUACUACGAUCCGCGCGAUGACUACUGGCAUGAGAGGAUCAUGCUGGCGCACAUUCAGGACUUCCGCUUCGUGGUGCUCACCGCGCACUGGGACAUCUAUGAUGAGGAUAUGUCCCAGGCGCUCCGCCUGCUGCCGUUGGGUCCUCGGGGCGGCCUUCCCGUGCCGAGGCCACAGGGGCAGAUCUUGCGGGUGGACAACGCUCGCCUCAGCGCCGAGUUGCAGCAGCUGUGCGACGAGGCGGCGCAGAUGGCAUUGGACAUCCGCGAGGAGGAGGGCUUGCCGGCCCCAGCGGCGCACCAGGGGGUGCUCGCCGACGGCGAGGCGGAGGCGCUUGCCGAGGCGCCGGCCCCUGCGGCGCUGGCGGCCGCCGCGAGGCCCGCCGAGCCAGCGGCUGGAGGCGCGGCUGCGGCCGGCGCUCUGGCGGCGGCGCCGGCCGCGCCGCUUAGGGCACCCGCGGCAGGCGCUCUCCUCGCCCCAGCACCGCCGCGGCCCGCGGCGCCGCCAGCAGACGCGGUCUGGCUCUCGGCGGAGACGCGUGGGGGCUUCACGGCCGGGGCCCCUAUCCCGCCUGAGCUCCUGGGAGCGGAUGGCCAGCCGCAGGUCGUGCUGGGCGAUCGCGGGGUCGUGGUGCUGGCGUCGGGCGUCUCGCUUGCGGUCGCAGUGGCCAACAUCCUGGAGGCAGGGGCGGCAGCGCUCUCCAGCAGUGGGGGAGACCUUCGCACGCUGCCGGUGCUCUACUCGCCAGCUGGCGGCCGCUCCAGGUCCUUCCACGACGCCGUGGCCAAGAUGUCCACCACGCCCUUCCCAGACUGGCGCAUCAAGGGGCCGAGGACCGCGGCCUGGCUGCUCGAGAAGAUCUCGGAGGCGGGCUACACGCCGCUGCAGAGGCACUUCUGGUGGAGGUCGAUCCAGGGGCUCACAGCUUCCGACUCGGGCGUGGACGACCACCACUUCAUCUCCGAGGUGCUGCAGGAGCUCACCACCUACGACCAGCUCAAUGCUGGCGAGCUGGUGGUGGUGGAGAUCCUCUGCCGCCGCUACCAGCUCUGGGAGGAGCUGUACGCCUCGAGCUUGCGCGAAGCCGAGGCUGGUCAGGACGCUGCACCCUGGCUCGAUGAGCGAUCCAUCUUCCUCGGGCAGGACAGGAGCCGCGGCUCGGCGCUUGUCUGCCCCGCCUUGGAGAGCUGGGUGGCUGAGAAGCUCCGAGAGGAAAGUGCCAUCCUCAAGGAGCGCAGGCUAAGGCACGCGGCCGCGGCCGCGGCCGUGGCGCCUGAGGCGCCCCCUCGCGCCGGGGGUGCCCCCGGCCUCGGCGCGAGUUUGCAGGGGGGGCGAGGCGUGCUGAACGACGAUGCCACCUCGCUGGGUUUUGGCGAUGACAGUCUCACGCAAAGGGACGCGCUGCCCAUCCCGCUCAGCUCGGAGGCGCUCCAGUGCUUGAAGGGGUUCUCGGCCCUCGACGGCGAGCUCUCGCUGGGGCAGCGGCGCAAGGCCGCACGCUGCAGGCGCCAGGAACGCUGGAUGCUGGAAGGCGUCGCGGCGCUCAACGAGCUGGGUGGGGGUGGGCGGUUGGCUGGCAGCGGCGGGCGGCUUAGCUUGGCGCAGCGCUCCGCGUUGCAGCAUCUGGGUGAGGUCUACGCCGCGGUCCCGCCGAAGACUGAGGAUUGCACCAACCAGGAGGCGUUCCAGGCGCUUCUGGGGCUUCGACCUGGCUAUGCUGAUGAGCCAGCCAUCGGGGCGAGAGCCGGCUACCAGCGCGGAAGGGUCUCCCUUCCUUCUGGCGGUGCUGGGCGUGUCGAUCUUGUUCGGCUACUGCCCCCGCACCUGCAGUCAGCGCUGGAGUCCGGGCACGGGUUAUUGCGCUCGGAGCAGGAGGCUACUGCUGCUCUGGAGGAGGCUGACGUCACGUGUUACGUGGACGGCAAGCUGGCCCAACGGGGCAUUGACUACGGACGGUUCCUGCUCGAGCUUUACGAUGCAGGGAUCGUCAAAGUUUUGGACUAUGAGCUGGAUCGGAAGGAGGAGACUGGCGUCUUUUUUGUGCCUCGCAAAGACGACAAGCUGAGGCUCAUCUUCGACACCAGGAUAGCCUUCCGCGUGCGAGUCGUUCCCAUGGGAUGGAACUGGGCCGUCCACUUUGUGCAGUCUGCCCACCUGAACGUGCUGGCCUCGGUCUCUCCGAACAACCAGUGGUUGGUGGACAAGCAGCCUGGGACGUGCCUCUCGGACAGCUCAGCUGCGGCCAAGGUCUUGUACAUAGACAACUUUGCGGCCAUCAGCACCAGUCGCGAGACAGCGUUGCAGGUUGUCAACGACAUGCUUGGCUCGUUCACCAGUGAGGGCGUCAGGGCGUCGCUUGACUUGGACGUCGCCCUCCUCGGCUUCACGCUGGACUCUAGGGCCGCCAGGUGGCGCCCCGCACCCAAGAAGUUUUGGAGGGUGCACGGCUGCAUCUCGCACAUGCUGGAGCCGGGAAGGCGCAUCACGGGGCGCCAGUUGGAGAGGCUCAUGGGGCACGUGGUCGCGCUGCUGCUGCUGCGGCGUGAGGCUCUCAGCCUCCUCAGUGCGGUCUACGUCUUCAUCCGCUCGACCUACGACAGGGCGCAGCCGCUGUGGCCCAGCUGCCGACGCGAGCUCAGGUGGGUGCUUGCGUUGUUGCCCACGGUGUUCGCCGACAUGAAGAGGCCUUGGCACUCUGAGGUAGGUGCCUUUGACGCGUCGCCUUGGGGCGCGGGAGUCUGCACUGCGCGCUGGCCUUUGAGCGCGGUGCAGGCCGCUGGCAGGCAGCCGGAGAAGCUGCGCUUUCGCGGGCCCCUCGCCUCACUGGUGGCGCCGCGGGACGCUGCCCUGGCCGCCGACAGCAUCGAGCUCUCUGACCCAGCCGCACUCCUGCUCGGGCGCGCGGCGGGUUUCGCCGAGGUGAGCGCAGAGCUGCUGCGUGAGGAGCGGGCCCGCUUGCUGCCCCGCCAGGGCUUUCUGGCAGCCAACAAGGUGCGGCCGUCCACUCAGGUGCUCUACCUGAAGGUGUUGCGGCUGCUGGCAGGCUGGCUCAUGGUGGACGCCCUGCCCGACUGGCCCGUGGCUGCUUGGGACGCAGCGCUGGCCGACUUCCUGCUGUGGGCCUUCGACCAGGGAGUGGCGCGGGCGACGGCUGCAAGGCUUGGCGCCGCGGUGCUGUGGGGGCUCCCGCAGCUCCACGUGGCGCCCUUGCAGAGAUGCUUCCCGCAGCUCGCGCACUCGCUGGCGGGUUGGAAGCGCCUGCAUCCGCCAGGCUCGCGCCCGCCUCUUCCAGAGCUUGUGGUUCGCGCAGCGGCAGCUUGGCUUGGGCACCAGGGCGAGUUUGCGACCGCCUUGUGCGUCAUGCUGAUGUUCGAGGGCUACCUGAGACCCUCGGAGGCGCUGGCGCUGCGGGCCGCCCAGAUCACCGGCCCUUUCGGCUCGGCCACCAGCGCGGGCUCACACAUGUCAGUAGUGGUGCAUGCUGCAGAGUUGCAGCAACCGGGCAAGACAGGCGAGAUGGACCAUACCGUUGUGCUCGACCUCCCGCGCCAGCAGGUCCUGGCUCGGGCCUUGGCGCGCCUACGCGACUCCCGCCUGGGCUCCUGGCACCCGCUGUGGGACUUCGACUACAACCUCCUCCAGCGGCGGUUUGGCCAGGCGCUCGAGGCUGUGGGAGCCAGCUGUUUAGCAGGCACGCUCUACAGCCUCAGGCACGGCGGCGCCAGCCACGACCGCCUGACGGCCAGCCGCGCGCUAAUGGAGGUGCAGCAGCGAGGAAACUGGCGCGCCUUCAACAGCGCGCGGCGCUACGACAAGCACGGGCGAGUGUCGAUCGAGUGGAUGAAGAUUCCAGCCCACCAGCGGCAGGAGAUCGAACAUUUGGCCGCUGGACUCGACGCCGCCUUCAAGCUGUACUCGUGUCCAUCGGCGCCGAUCCCGGUCCCGGCCAGCUCUGGGCCCGGCGCCGGCACGCCCGCCGCGCUGGGCAGGCUCCCCAGCGACGUCGACACUGUCAUUUUCGUCGACGUCGACGGUGUGCUGAACGUUGGCGCCAAGGACAACGGCGGAACGCCUAUCCUGCUCAACGACUCGAACAUCAGGCUGGCGCGAACCAUGUGGACGAAACGCGAAAACCAUCCGGAGCGCCAAACAGUGGAGACGUUGAUGGCCGUCUGUCAGAAGAUGCUCGACGGCGAGAGCGAGACGCUCGCCAAGCUGGCCACCCAGGGGUCCUCCCACGUCUCGGACGUGCUCGUGGGGCGCCUCGCAGAGAUCGUUAGCAUGGCCGGCCCGCGGGCCAUCACCGUCCUGUCGUCCACCUGGCAGGCGGCCCGCUACAAGAGGCGCCUCGAGGACCUCGAGCGCUCCCUGACCGAGUGGCUCGGGCGCGCCUUCUCCUUCGACGCCACCACCGGCUCGCUGGAGGAGACGCCCAGCGGCCGCCUCCGGGCCAUGGGCAACUGCGUCGCGGAGCUGACGUCCCGGGGCGGCGCCGCGGCCGCGGCGGCGGAGGCGGGGCGGCUGCGGGUGCUCCUGCUGGAGGACUUCUUCAUCUCGGCCCUCCGGGGCGCCUGGUCCCUCGACGGGCAGGCCAUGGACUCCCCCGCGGCGGUGGAGGAGUACAUCGGGAGCCGCGUGUUGCCUCCGGCGACCGCGCGGGUGAUGCUGAUCCACACCUACUCGGAGUGGGUCAUCUACGACGGGUCGUUGCUGCGCUGCGGCGUGGGCCUCACCCGGGCCGACGUGGAGAGGUGCAAGGAGCUCUUCGGCGACGCCGCGGACAACACGCACGACGCCAGCUCUCUGGAGCCCCGCCAGGCCUUCUUCGGGCUCUGCCCGUCGCAGCUGCACAGCCUGCCGACCUGGUCCUGGUGCGCGCAGGGAGCGAACUCUGUUGCGUCCACUACCUCUUCCGUUUCCUCCGCCUCCAUGGGAGCCCGCAGAUGA